AUGCUUCAAUCACGUGGUAUCACUGAUUUACUUGUCGCUGAGAAAAAAGCUCAAGAAAUUAUUGAAGAAGCUCGGAAACGCAAAAAUAAACGUAUAAAAGAUGCUCAAAACGAAGCUAAAUUUGAAAUAGAACAAUUCAAAGGUGAACGUGAUCAAAAUUAUAAAGCAUUAGAAGAACAACAACUUGGUAAUCGAGGCAAAAUGGUCCAAGAGUCCAACGUACAAACUCAAAUAGAUAUUGAAUCAUUGAAAGCCAAAUACGAUUCCAAUAAAGAUGAAUUACUUGAACGUAUAAUGACAACUGUCUGCGAUAUUAAACCUAAGUCACAUAUUAAUGUUCGUAUUGAAUGA